AUGGAUCAGAAGCUUUUUGAGAGAUUUCAAAAAGCUAGGAUAGCGCUGGGGCAAGAUAAAGCCGUUGGCGGAAGGUCUAAGAUAUGCGCUGUUACGAAACGGGCUAACAGGUUUAAAUAUAGGUCCAAAGAUGCUGCAAACGAACCAGGUGCCUCAAAAGGUUACUUCAACGCUGUUAGUGUCGCAGCAGAUAGAUUUCCAGGUUUCAAUAUGCAUAAUUCGCAGCAGUUCUUAAAAAAUGUUGAAGAUAUUGUUUGUCGAACAAGAGAAGGGAUGUUCCAAUGGGAUAUACGUUGGUUAAACCCGCCGGAAAUAGCAUCCAGGGGUUGGGUGGUAAUGAAUGCUCAAGGGGUGGUUUUGGAGCUUCAUUGUAGAUGCUGCCAAAAGCAUCUAAUGCUAGACCUUAAUGACGAAGAUUCAGAAGAUGACGUCCGAGAGCAAUAUCACGUGAUGCUCAGUAACCAACAUAGUAUGAGAUGCCCAUGGCGUACAGCAAGCGUCGAUCUCAGGAAACAUUACAUUUUGAGUGACAUAAAUGUUUCGCUUGAUCUGCAGCGUAUUUCAGAUGCGUUGCGGCUAAUAAGUGCAUUAGAUGUACCUAAGGGCAUAGUUGCAAGCGAUUCAGUAAAAAGAAUUUCAAGGUUAUUUGACGAUGCGGACACACAUCUACAACUGCUACAAGUUCUUAUACAAGGCUACCAGUUAUGCACAGCGGAGGUGAUUGAGUGUACUCGAUGUUUUCAUCGAUCAUCACUGCAGUCUAUGAUGGAGGAUCCCGACUUCGAUGGCCACGCUUCAUGGUGUCGCUAUGACAAUCCGCACAAACUUGAAAUAUUACUUUUGAAAUUGUGUGAUAUGCGAAACCCUAAAGAGGGCUUCUCACUUAGUGAGCGGAUUGCACGACUCGAACAAGACGUCGAGGCGAUGUAA